AUGGAUCAAAAUCAAACUAUAUUACAAUAUUUAACAUCUUUACCAAAAUUUCGUUCCGGAGUAUCAAAAAAAAGUUAUUUUAUCAGUCAUACCAUACCGUAUGAAACAGUUAUAAAGUUAAUUGAUCUUGCACGCCAAACGAAACAAUUUAUUAUACAGACAAAACGUUAUGAUAAAAAAAAAUAUCCGGCAUUAAUUCAAAUACUAUUUUCGCAAGAACAAACACUGCAUAUUAUUCUAAUCGAAACGAUGCAUUUGCCAAGCGAAGAUUUGAUAAAAUUUAAAAAAAUACAACACUUACUUUAUAUUAUUUUAUUACGUUCCAAUACUAUAUAUUCAUGGAAAAAUAUAAAACAUGAGUUACACUUAUUUUUGAAAUUUAAAUUAUUUCUAAGUCAUCAACUCGAAGAUAUGCGUGUGAUUCAUGUUAAAGAUCAGCUUGCCAACUGGCUCCACGAAACUUUUGACAAGAUUCCCUACUAUGGUUGGAAUCUGAAAACGGCAAUUGCUUAUAUGUUUAUGGAAGAUUUAGACGUGAGUCCCAUAGAUACUGACUGGAACAUAGGCUUUUACCGCGAAGUACGUCCCGAUCAUUACGGAGGUUUACUCCCCAAUGGUCCCGCUAUUAUUAUUGUACCAAAGCCCGAUCCAUACCGAAUAAAGCAUAUCAAAUAUGCUAUUCAUGAGUGCGUAGCAGUUAACAAAAUAGUUUCGUUUUUUGAAAAUCCCUGGACUCGACACAUUGUUGAAUUAUUUUUAAAAAUGAAUUCUUAUGUUUUGCCGCCGUAUAAGACUGUUUCACCUUCAAUAAGUAAUGUUGAUUAA